AUGUCUUCUGAUACGACGGAAAAAACAAGUGAAAGUAGAUUUAAACUACUCAGAUAUUUGACAAUAGCUAAAGUUAAAUUAAAAUCAAUUCCGUUUAAACGUGAUUGUACAAAAGAAAUCGUUAUAUUUUUUAGUGCCUACACAUUUUUCUUUAUUGUUUUACUAAUCACGAUCCUUGUUGCGUUUCUUCACGUUCCCGUUUCGAAUAUUACCUAUCUCAAAUGGUAUAAUGAUAAAUGUUCAACAGAUGGCAUAGCAAAUGAUUGUGAUCGAAACCUUCGUUUAUCUUGUAAUUAUGGUGUAUGUUCGUGUUCGAAAAACAUGUAUUGGAAUAGUUCAUUUUGCGAUUGUUCAACGGGUCUUUUCUGGAAUGGAGACAAUUGCCAAAUUCGGCAAGUAUAUAAUCAAUCGUGUAACAAUAUAACAGCGCCUUGUAUGGAAUAUUUAUAUUGUAAUCCGGUCUCGCGAAUGUGUGAAUGUUCACAAAAUACAUAUUAUAAUCAGACUACGUGCAAUUUGAAACUUGGUUAUAAUUCAUCAACAUCUUGUAUGUUGACUAGUCAAUGUCAAGAUUAUGUUGGUCUCAUAUGCAGUGGAUCGGCAUGCAUUUGUUCGAAUAGCAUGUAUUGGAAUGGUGCAGUAUGUGACAAUUUGUCAACAUAUGGUCAAUAUUGUGGCGGGGGGCAACAGUGUGCAACUUCUUUGUCUUGUAAUCUGUUAUAUAAUCUAUGCACGUGCCCUGCUAACUAUUUUUGGGAUGGAUUAAUUUGUCGACAAACAUAUACAAAUGGAACGACUUGUACAAACAUUCAGCAAUGUAUGAGCGGUUUAGUAUGUAUGAGUAAUCAGUGUCAAUGUCCACUGACAAGUACUCAGUAUUGGGAUGGUUCAUCGUGUCAGCUCUGUUAUGGUAUUGAUUUAUUUCUAUUUGCUGGUAUUUGCUAUCAUAUAACACCUCCAACAAAUGCAACGUACGAAUUCACAGCCCAAAAAAUACCAAUAGUUGUUGAACAAAGUGGACGUGAAGAGCGAGCUUAUGAUAUUUAUUCAAGAUUAUUAAAAGAGUGA